AUGGAGGGAAACCAAUCGUGGGUCACAGAGUUCCUCUUGGUGGGAUUCCAGCUCUGUAGAGGGACGGAGGUUCUCCUCUUCUCCAUCUUCUUCCUGGUCUACGUCUUCAGUCUGCUGGCAAAUGGGAUGAUCUUGGGGCUCAUCUGUAUGGACCCCAGACUGCACAGCCCCAUGUACUUCUUCCUCUCACACUUGGCCGUCAUUGACAUAUCUUAUGCUUCCAACAAUGUCCCCAAGAUGCUGGCAAAUCUAGUGAACCAGAAGAGAACCAUCUCUUUUGUCCCUUGCAUAAUGCAAGCGUUUUUGUAUUUGGCGUUUGCUGCCACAGAGUGUCUGAUCUUGGUGGUGAUGUCUUAUGACAGGUAUGUGGCCAUCUGCCACCCACUACAUUACACCGUCUUCAUGAGCUGGAGGGUGUGCAUUGUUUUGUCCAUCACCUCCUGGGCAUGUGGGUUUAUCCUUGCCACUCUACAUGCCAUUCUCCUUCUAAGACUGCCCUUCUGUGGACCACAGGAAGUGAACCACCUCUUCUGUGAAAUCCUAUCUGUCCUCAAGCUGGCUUGUGCCAACAUCUGGAUCAACCAAGUGGUCCUCUUUGCUGCCAGUGUGUUUGUCUUAGUUGGCCCCUUUUCCUUCAUGCUGGUCUCCUAUGCACGCAUCCUCUGGGCCAUCCUGAAGAUCCAGUCUGGGGAGGGCCGCAGAAAGGCCUUCUCCACUUGCUCCUCCCACCUCUGUGUGGUUGGGCUCUUCUUUGGCAUAGCCAUGGUGGUUUACAUGGUUCCAGACUCCAAGCAACGAGAGGAGCAGGAGAAAAUGCUUUCUUUGUUUCAUAGCCUCUUGAACCCCAUGCUGAAUCCCCUCAUCUACAGCCUGAGGAAUGUGCAAGUGAAAGAUGCCUUCUACAGAGCACUGCAGAAGAGGGCAAUGUGA